ACCCAUCCACAUCUUCUCCUUCCUCAACAACAACUCCGGUCCGAACAAGUGGUAGAGAUGGAGAUCAAAGCACGACAGCUACUGCUGGCUGUUUUUGGCAUUGUAAUAGCGAUAGGUUUCGCCAAUGCCGUGCAAGGGGAGACAGCGCCGCCGGUUGUUGUCGGCUUGGCCAAGUGCUCCGACUGCGCCAGGAGGAACAUGGACGCCGAGGCAGCUUUCAAAGGUCUUCAGGUGGCCGUCAAGUGUAAGAACAGCAAGGGCGAGUACGAGAGCACGGCCGUGGGACAGGUGGGCAGGUCCGGCGCCUUCCGCGUCCCGCUGGCGGCCGCCGACGUCGUUGGCGAGGACGGGGAGCUCAAGUCGGAAUGCUUCGCGCAGCUGCACAGCGCGUCGAGCGCGCCGUGCCCCGGGCAGGAGCCCUCCAAGAUCGUCGCGGCGCCACCCGGCCACGACGCCAACGGGGAGAAGACGUACGUCGCGCUCGGCGGCAAGGUCUACCGCUCGUCGCCCGAGUGCGCUUCGGCUUUCCUUUGCCACCCUUUCUUCCACAGCAUUAUGCACCACCACCACGUAGGGACCCACAAGCAUGUGGUUAUUCCUCACCUGCCUGUGCCUGAUCACGGUCACGGCCAUUCUGGCGUGCCAGUGCCACCUGUCACCAAGCCGCCGGUAGACGUCCCUGAGCACAAACCGGCGCCGGUGCCCGUGCCAGAGCACAAGCCUCCGUCGUCGACGCCGGUGGACACUCCUCCGUCGACGCCGGUGGGCACUCCACCAUCGACGCCGGUGGACCCAGCGCCGUCAACGCCGGUGUAUUCGCCGCCGAAGCCAACCCCCAGCUACUACCACCCGCCGGCGCAGCGCGACGCUGCCACUGGCCCGUAGCUCUUCAAGAAGCUGCUCCCGUGCUUCAAGAAGUUGCCUUCCUUUCCUCCUGCUGCGAUGGAGACUCGGCACUAGAAUGUCUGGUCAGUGUUUUUUUAGCUUUUGCAGGUUAUGCUGUUUCCUCAGAAUAAGGCUGUGACCUUGAUUAGUACACAUGAAGAUUGGAUCAGUUUUAAGAGUGUGCGUUCUAUCUAUUGGAGAUAGUUUGAUCCUUAUGCAAUUUCCUGUGAGCUGUUUUUAUUCAGUAUAACUCUGUCAAGAAGUUGGGAAUGUUAAAUUAUGAUUGCCAUCAACAUGGUCGUUGAACAGUUUCUUGUGAACUGUUUUUUUAUCUAG